GACAACAAACAAAAGAUCGAGGUUAGCCAUACUGUGUCGAUGUCUACCAGCUCUAAUCAUAUCUGCGAGAUAAAUCGUGUCGUAUAUUUUCAGUUUGUCCUAAAAACGCUUUAGCGAGAUGGGUUUUCUUCGUUAAAUUUGUCGUUGUAUGUGUUUAGCGAAUGUCAGAUAUUGAGCCAUUUUUGCAAUACGCGUAUUUAGUUUGCUAGCUUGUUUUGUGGCUAGCAGCGUUAGCUUUUAAAAUACUUGACAGUUUGUGGAGGCGUUUGACUUAUAGUUACGUUAUUUGAAUCGGUGGCUCACGUCUUUCUAACUUAAAUAAACCCGUUUGUUCGCCAUGUCUGGACAGUCAUCGGGCUGUGGGUUUCUUAUGUCGGUUGUUGUUCACGGAGACUCGGCUCUGAACGAGCAGGAAAAUGAGCUCAACCAGCAACUCAGACGGCUCUAUCCAGCGGUAAACGAACUUGAAACCCCGCUUCCUCGAUCCUGGAGCCCGAAGGACAAGUUCAGUUACAUUGGCCUCUCUCAGAACAAUCUUCGAGUGCACUAUAAAGGUCAUGGAAAGACCCCUAAAGAUGCGGCAUCCGUACGAGCCACUCAUCCCAUCCCAGCUGCCUGCGGGGUCUACUACUUUGAGGUGAAAAUCAUCAGUAAAGGCCGAGAUGGGUACAUGGGUAUCGGUCUCUCGGCUCAAGGUGUCAACAUGAACAGACUCCCUGGUUGGGACAAACACUCGUAUGGUUACCACGGAGAUGAUGGCCACUCGUUCUGCUCCUCCGGCACGGGGCAGCCCUACGGCCCCACGUUCACUACAGGCGACGUGAUUGGCUGCUGCGUUAACCUCAUCAACAACACCUGUUUCUACACAAAGAAUGGCCACAGCUUAGGAAUAGCCUUUACCGAUCUACCGCCCAACCUGUACCCCACAGUGGGGCUGCAGACCCCUGGGGAGGUGGUGGAUGCCAACUUUGGCCAGCACCCAUUUGUGUUCGACAUCGAGGACUACAUGCGCGAGUGGCGGACUAAGAUCCAGGCCCAGAUCGACAGGUUCCCCAUAGGGGACAGGGAGGGAGAGUGGCAGUCCAUGAUCCAGAAAAUGGUGGCAUCCUACCUGGUCCACCAUAGUUACUGUGCCACAGCCGAAGCCUUUGCCAAAUCCACAGACCAGGCUGUGCAUGAGGAACUGGCCUCCAUUAAAAACCGACAGAAGAUCCAGAAGCUGGUGUUGUCCGGCAGAAUGGGAGAGGCCAUUGAGACCACCCAACAGCUGUACCCCAGCCUACUGGAGAGUAACCCCAACCUCUUAUUUAUGCUAAAGGUGAGACAGUUCAUCGAGAUGGUGAAUGGGACGGACAGCGAGGUGCGCUGCCUGGGAGGCCGCAGCCCCAAGUCCCAGGACAGCUACACGGGCUCGCCCCGCCCCUUCAGCAGCCCCAGACAGAAAGCAAGCGGCUCCCAGGCCUACCUCACAGGAUUUGACGGCGGCUGUUGUAAUGGGGUGAUGUCCAGUAAGGCCCACCCCUCCCCCCACAGUCACAAGCCCUGCCCCCCGGGCCCAGCCCUCCUUGCACCCGCUGCUGAGCUCAGCUCCCUCAAUGGCAGCCACAGCCUGCAGCAGCCCAACGCCAGUACUGAUGUGGACAUGGAGGUUGACCACUUCACCAACGGAGUGACCGAGUCCUCCUCCAAUGGCUUCUUCAAUGGCACUUCUAAACACGGAGCCCAGACAGAGGACUGUGACGCAGACAUGGAGGUGGAGUCAGCCCAGUCCAAGAGGCAGCUGUGCGGGGGAAGCCAGGCAGCCAUAGAGAGGAUGAUCCACUUUGGCCGGGAGCUCCAGAGCAUGAGUGAGCACCUACGCCGAGAAUGCGGCAAGAACUCGGUCAACAAGAAGAUGCUCAAGGAUGCAUUCAGUCUGCUGGCCUACUCGGACCCGUGGACUAGCCCAGUGGGCUACCAGCUGGACUCUAUCCAGAGGGAACCGGUGUGUUCCACACUCAACAGUGCAAUUCUAGAGACUCAUAACCUGCCCAAGCAGCCCCCUCUGGCCCAGGCUGUGGGACAGGCCGCCCAGUGCCUGUCCAUCAUGGCACACUCUGGAAGUGGCUCCUGCGCCUUCGCUGCUGUGGACGAUUACCUGCACUAGCCCACCACACACAGGUCCCCCACCUUCACACAAACUCAAUCUGGAUCCCUCCACUCCUCGGGCUAGCCAAGGCUACUUUCAGAUUCUCCAACCUCCUGAAGUGUUCACUCAUGCAUUGGAUUGGUGCAAGAAUGCCUGGAAGGAGUUUCCACCAUAUUCCUCACAGCAGUCCAUUCCUUUGAAAUCCAUGAGGGGGAGUGUACGAGUGCACUCUUUGGGAUAGGGUGGAGAAUCGGGACGUCGCCCAAGUCUCACAGGAACCCUGAUGCAGUCACGCAAGUCUGCCCACGUAAUUUUAGUUGAUAGGGAGAAGGGGGAAAUUGCAAAGACUAGCCAACUAGUAAAUUCACCUCUCUGAUCUGUGUGACUGUGGCAAACCAUGCAGGAUUUUCAUAUGCCCAAACUACUGUGCGAAGGUGGAGCACCCUGGUCUGAAGAACAAGGAACGGCUUUCCAGUGACCGCAUAACCCAGUCAACAUAUGUUGACACUCCAUUUGCCAACCCAAAACGUGGUCCGUUUAAACCCCUGACCAACUAUACCAACCAGACAAGCCAGGCCCACAGAAGACGUGAAUAUUCCGACCCAUUCUAGUGCAUUUGCACCUGGGUUUGGAGUACGCUAGCCGAUCCCACCUCGAGAAACCAACUCCUUGGUGGCGCGAAAGACACACCCAAACCCCAUGGCAUCAGUGACUGGUGACACAUGUGGAUUGAAGACUGAAGAAGCCAGUGAGAGAAUCUAGUCUUAACUUUUGUCUUUAAAAAAAAAAAAAAAUCUUGUUUAUUUUGGGGAGGGUGGGUAGGCUCUGUUAACAUUUCCUGGUUUACAAGGCAUGGUGAUUUAUUAUUCUAGCUAAUUAUAUUCUUACUUGCAUACACAGUAUAUUUGUUGCGCGCCGGCAAGAGUGAAUUCCACCAAAUAAUAAAGGUCCCAAUCCCACCACUCCUUACUAGUGACAAGUGUCAGCGUGUGUACAUGUUAACUUUUCUAUGAAUAAAAUAUCAAUAAUUAAAUAUUUAGCUACCAAAAGAAAGGAAAAAAUAUAUAUAUACUCUCAAAUCUUCA